AUGACAAGGCACGCGAAAAAUUGUACCGCAGGGACAGUUUAUUCCUAUCACGAACGAAAGAAGGAUACUCAGAAGUCCGGAUAUGGCAGUAAAGCUGUGCGAUUGGGUAAAGAUUCAGUAAAAAGUUUCGACUGUUGCUCGUUGACUCUUCAGCCUUGCCGAGAACCAGUCGUCACUCCAGAUGGCUUUUUAUACGACAGAGAAGCUAUAUUAGAAUGUCUUCUUCAUCAGAAAACCGAAGCUGCGAGGAAAAUGAAAGCUUUCGAGAAACAAAAGAAGAAGCAAGAGGCUAAAGAGCUCGGGAAAAAAGAGGAGAAGGAGCGAUCGAAGGUGGAAUCAUUUGUGAACAUGGAGAAACGACUCACUACAAAAACAACCUCUGCAUUCACUGUGACAAAGGAAACAAGUGCUGCUGGACCUUCUUCUGUGGUGGAUGAUCAAACACCGUCAACAUCAAGCGGUAAGCGAAAAUGAUAAUGUCCUGAUUUACACGGUGCAGGUCUCUCAACCACACCAAAAUAUCUACAGACUGUAUUGCAUAAAUCAAACCUACCAACUGUAAGCAGAAGGUAGCUUUCAUUUAUACAGUACAGUCUUUUUUUUACCAUAUUAUAAUGGUAUCGGAGAUUUAUGGCUGCCUUGUCGGGGUUGGGAACCUUACUUUACCCAAAAUUGGUUUCUCUGUGCACAAGAGAAGAGCACUGUGCAGGGUUUUGGGUAGCAUGUGGAAGUACUGGAUAGAGAGGUUCAGCUGGUGGACUCACACUGUUCGUGCUGUAGGAGUGAAUGUUGAGUGCUUUGGGCAUUCUCCCUUGUGAAAUUUUUAAAAUUGGAGUCUCUAAAAUACAAUUUCCUGUGUUCACGGGACUGCAAUUGGUUAACCAGGAGGGUCUUUUAAAGCAUUAAAAAAUGCUCACAAAAAUGAAAUAUUUAAAUUUGGCAAUAAUAUUUAUGGUUUUGCAGUUUUUCAUUUUUUACUUGAGUCCAAAACCAAUUCCAAUCGGGAAGAGAGUACGAAUUCCUGAUGACAGAUGGUUUACGGAUAGUAAUUUUGAAUGUCCAGUCCAGUUGUUGCAUUGACUCAUCAGAAAAAUCAGUUUACUGAAGCUCUGUAAGUGAAAAUCUCGGUACUGCUUCUGGGCUGCUUUCAGGCUUUGGAUCUGAUGCAGUUCUGAUUGUAACCCAUUCUUCAGUGUAAAGAAAUAUGUAAGCUCAGUUUUGAGCAUGUGUCGGUAAUCUUUGGUCCACAAUGCAGACGGGUCCACCAGUAAUUGUGCCUGCCAGUUAAGUCUGUUUACGUGUACAUGUAUUCACCUUUAAUGCAAUGCAUAUAAGUCAACCUGAACGAUUGGUUUUUGACAGAAGGUGAGGUGUUGUGGGUAGAGUGAUUUACAGUGUAUGCAUGAUAUGGAAAGGCAUGAAGAGGAAAACAAGAGUAGGGUGUUACUUUAAACAUCCCACUCAGAACAUGAAGAGAACUUGAUUUCCAGCGCUUCCUUUGGGCAAGCAGGUCUUGUGUUUUGCUUGCCCAGGCCAAUUACUUGCUUGUGUUAGUUAAUAAUUGGCUAAAGGAUGACUUGACUGGACCUGGCCUCACUUACAAGUCAAGCAAGUUAGCUUGAAAAGUUACUUGCCCUGCAAGAAAAUAUACUCUUCCCAGACGACCAAAUUGGACUUUUUUCGAGCCGUUGUACAAUGUACUGUGAAAAGGAAUGCCUGUUCUGACUUUCCCUUUUUGUUGUUCUAUUUUUUUUUUCACUGUUGUGGUAAGUUGAAGAUUAUUUCUGGAGCCAUGAAAGCUAUAAUGACACGUUGCAAAAGCACAGGGGAGUAGAUUAAUCUCUUUGAAGAACUUCUGUCAUUUUGCCUUGUGUGUGUCAAAAUCCUUCUUGGGCAACGCAUACUUUUUCACCACAUUAUUUGUUUUCAGUAUGUUUACGCAUUUAAUAGAUUCCUUUCAUCAUUUCUGUUAACUACAGAUAGCACUUCAAAAGGCAAAGACAAAAGUCUUCCAAGUUUCUGGGUUCCUUCCUUAACGCCACAAGCAGAACCAACACUCCUCAAAAAACCAGACACCAAGACAUACUGUCCAAUGAGUGGGAAGCCCUUAAAAAUCAAGGAUCUUGUGGCUGUUAAACUGACCCCAAUAGAUGACAAAGAUGAUGGCCGGCCAAUGGUAGCCAAGUCUGAGAGAUACAAAUGUGCUGUCACUCAUGAUACGCUGGGUAAUUCUGUACCUUGUGCUGUUUUAAAGAACACAGGGCAUGUCGUAACUAUGGACUGUGUUGAGAAGUUAAUCAAGAAAGACAUGCUUUGCCCAUUUACUGGAGCAAAGCUGAAGGACAGUGAUAUCAUUCCAUUGCAGCGUGGUGGGACAGGAUUUGCUGGGGCUGGUGUACAGCUGGAGGCAAAGAAAGCUGGACCUGUCUUACAGGCAUAG